GGUUAUGGCCGAGCCCAAUAAUCUUUUGUUGUCUCAUUUGUGCACCAAGCACGCCGCAACCCACAUCUUCGGUGGUUGUCAUCGACACUGUCAAGUGAUCUUCUUCUGUUGCAUCAACUCUUCAUUCUUCUCUGCAAUACGAGCAACCACUACCUACGUAUUCAUGUUCAGUCCCUUCCACCUGCUACCAUACAUCACAGGUUGCUGCCAUUGGAAAUUAGCACUUCUUUUUUGUUAGCGAAAGGUUAGAGUAGAAAAAAAAAUGCUUAGACGAAGGCUUUGUGGUGUCUCAACAUCAAUCAUCAGAAGUUCAAACUAUAGCAAACCCAUUUUCAGAUACCCAUGUAUCCAAUUUCACCCCUUUCAGCUCCCUCACUCUCCCAAUGCAACAGUUAGGCCUAGUUCGUUCAAGGGUUUUGAAGGUUUUAGAGCUUAUAGUCUUCUGAGCUUGAAUGAUCUAAGAGAUAGGGUUCCCAGAAAGCAGCCAACGAGAAAGGGGCGUGGAAUUGGGUCUGGAAAGGGCAAGACUGCUGGGAGGGGUCACAAGGGUCAGAGAGCUAGAAAAGGUAUCAAAUUGGGGUUUGAAGGAGGCCAGACCCCUCUUCGCCGAAGAGUACCGAAACGUGGCUUCAAGAACCCCUUUAGCCUCACUUUUCAGCCAAUAGGUUUGGGGAGAAUUGCAAAGCUUAUUAAUGCUGGGAAGAUAGAUUCUUCUGAACUGAUUACAAUGAAAACACUCAAGGAUGCAGGGGCACUAGGUAAGCAAAUGAAAGAUGGAGUAAGAUUGAUGGGGCGUGGUUCUGAGCAGAUCAAGUGGCCAAUUCAUCUAGAGGUAUCAAGGGUUACUGUUAGGGCUAAGGAAGCAGUUGAAGCAGCUGGUGGGUCUGUGAGAAGGGUAUAUUACAAUAAGUUGGGGUUGAGGGCACUGCUGAAGCCUGAGUGGUUUGAAAAGAAAGGAAGAUUGUUGCCUAAAGCAGCUAGACCUCCUCCAAAACAAAAGGAUAAAGUUGAUAGCAUUGGUCGGUUGCCUGCACCAACAAAGCCAAUUCCAUUUUUAGUUGAAGCAAACAAGGAUCUUCCAAUUCAGCAUCUUAGUUAAAUAACUAACAUGUUUGGCACCAUUUUUUAUGGUUUAAAGGGUCUGACUCAAGUUUUCAUGCAGUUCUUGCAAUGCUCUGGUUGUUAAUUUUGAAUGAGAUAAAUGAAUUUCCUUGGGGAUAAAUGGAAGGGAAAAUCUUGUUUAUUAUAUAAUUUCUUCUAAGGAUUUGAUCUUGUUCACUGCCUAACAGCCAUAAUUUCUUUUGUAUGUGUACUGGGGUAGGAUCAUAGGCUCUUCAUUAAGGGAAAAUUGCAAGAACACUUUAAAUAUUUUCGUUUUUCUCCGAUUAUGAUGGUACUUGCCAAAUGACUUGGUUGAAUAUAAUAAAAUGGAUUAUUUUAUCA